AUGAGUGAGGAAAAUAAUGGCAUAUUAAUAAAUAAGAGAGAAAAUGAAAAAAUAAAUGAACAACAAUGUAAUAAUACAAAUAAUAAUUACUAUGAGGAACCUCUUGGAUAUAAUUUUUUAACAGAAGAAGAUCAUAGGAAUUAUAAUAAUUUUAUAAAAUUCUGUAAAGAUAAUUUUGCUUAUAUUGAUAUGAGAGAUAUUAAUAGAGUAAUUAAUAAAUUAAGAGAGGGUCCAAAUAAAGAUUAUUUUUGUAAUUAUAUAAGUAGCUCAGAUGAGAGUGAUAUGGAUGAUAAUAAAAAAAGUAAUACAAAUGUGGAUUAUAUAGAUCAUGAUGAGAACCAUACUAAUGGUCAUAAAAAAAAAAAAAUUAAAGAUUAUCGGAAAAACUUGAAGCUUAUAAAUAUAAAAAAAAAUAAAAGAGCUCGUAUCAACCUUAUAGUAAUAAAAAAAAAGUAUCUCAAUGAUAACAAUAAUAAUAAUAGUGACAAUAAUAAAAAUAGUGAUAAUAAUUAUAAUAAUAAUAAUAAUAACCAUCAUAGUUAUAAUAGUGAGCGGACAGAGAAAAACACAAUUAUAUUGUCUCCCAUUUUUAUGCCUGUAGGAACAAAAUGCUGUAUUAAAGGAUUAACAUUAGAAAAUGUAAACGACAUAUGUGAUUAUAUAAUUUUAAGUAAUACUUAUCAUUUAUCUAAUAUUUAUGAUAUGUCUAUAUUUCAAUAUAAUAAAGAUAUAAAUAAUUUAAUAAAAUUUCCAAACGCCAUGCUUACAGAUUCUGGUGGAUUUCAGAUGGUCUCCUUAAGUAAACGAAUAAAAAUUUUAGAGGAAGGGAUCUUAUUUAAUAAUAUUUAUAAUAGUGAGGUUAUAAAGAAAAAUAUGAAAAUUUGUAAUGUUGAAGAUAUAGUAAAGAGAACAUGUGAAGAGGUUGGUAACGACAUGUGUAAUAAUAUGGUAGUACAUGAUAAUGUAACUGAUGAGACAUCUAAUGAAAUAAAUAAAAAAAUAUCUAAUGAAAUAAAUAAAAAUAUAUCUAAUGAAAUAAAUAAAAAAAUAUCUAAUGAAAUAAAUAAAAACAUAUCUGCUACAACUCAUGACAAUACAAAUGAACAUCAUCCUUGUGAUUCGAAAAAAUAUUUAGAAGAAGGAGAAGAUAUAUUACUAUCACCAGAAAUAUCAAUAAGACUUCAAAAUUUUAUAGGGAGUGACAUUAUUAUGGCUUUAGAUGAUGUGCGUUCUUCUUUAGAAGAAAAUAAGAAUAAGAUUGAAGAAGCUACUCAUCGUACUAAUAGAUGGUUAAAGAGAUGUAUAGAUAUUCAUAAAAAAAAAGAAGAACAAAGUUUAUUUGGUAUAGUUCAAGGUGGAUUACAUAUCGAUUUAAGAAAUAUAUCAAUGGAUUUUAUUUUACGUCAGAAAUUAAAUGGAUAUGCUGUUGGAGGUUUAUGUGGAGGAGAAAAGAAAACGAAAUUUAUUGAAAUUAUUAAUCAUUGUUCAAAUGAAAAGAAUAAGAAAUAUAAUUAUUUGCCAAUAAAUAAAUGUAGAUAUAUUAUGGGAAUUGGAUAUAUAGUUGAUAUAAUAUUUUGUUCUUUAUUUGGAUAUGAUAUGUAUGAUUGUGUAUAUCCAUCUCGAACAGCAAGAUUUAAUACUGCUGUUAGUUUUGAUGGAACUAUAAAAUUAAAACAAUCUAAAUAUAAAUAUGACUUUUCACGUUUAGAAAAAAAUUGCAACUGUUAUGUAUGUUUAAAAUAUACAAAGGCAUCUUUACAUUUUCUUAUAUCCAAAAGAAAUACAAUCACAAAUGUUUUAUUAACAUUACAUAAUAUUUAUUUUACUCUUUAUAUGUGUCAUUUGAUGAAGGUAGCUAUUUUUUCAAAUAAACUCGAUCAAUUCAUAACAACUUUUUUGUAUAAUCAUUUUGUUAUUGGAGUUAAAAAUGGAAAUUACAAAAUUCCUUGUCCUGAUGAAAACGAAAAUAAAAUGAGUAAUCAUCAUAAUAUAAACACUAAUGAUAUUAAUAAAAAUGAUAUGAAAGGAAAGAAUUAUCAACAAGCUACACAAAAUUUAAAUAUCAAACAAAAAAAUAUGAUACAAGAAUUAAAAAGAAAUUUACCACAAUGGGUCGUGCAGGCUCUUGAAUAUGCUGACAUAGAAUUAAUGUUUUAA